AUGGUCGGUGUCAAAAUGAAGAUUCGCGAUGACAUCCACGUCGUAGAUAGGGCAACGACGAUCCGCAAUAACGUAAUCAAUGCAGUUCUUCGUGACGCCAUCGGGAGAUUUCCAAGUCCAUUUUCUGGUUCCACGUUUUUUGAAGUACGUGUUCCAGAUUCUCAAUCCGUUUGCCUCACAGAAAUCAACAAGUGUGUUACCACGAUCAUUACGGACUCCUAUGCCAUGGCUACCGAGAGAGGAUUCGGUUGAUGUUUUUGAGCCGACUUUGGCAUUGAAGUCCCCUAGAGUCAAGGAAUAAGAAGAAUCCGCCCCCGGGUGCCGAUCACGACGUUGGAUUCGACUCAGAGCCUGCUCUAAGUCCUCUAGGCAGCUGGAAAAAGCCUCAUCGGCGUAAGACGUGGUUGGCGCAUACACUUGGAUGACUCUUACCCGUUCCUUUUUGAGUUUAAGGUCUAGGUACGCAAGUCGAUCGCUAACAGGAGUGAAAUCGACGUUGGCUGCCAAGCUUUUAUGAACGAGGAACCCUACACCGGCUUGAGAUGCCGUCCCAUGGUAGUAGAGGGUGUGCUGGGUGUCGUUAAGCACAAGGCUACCAGUACCAGCCCGGCGAACUUCGCAGAGGCCGAUAAUAUCAAAAUUCACUUCCCUGAUUGCGUUUUCGAGUGCGGCGAGUCGUUCGUUGGUGAGAAGCGAUCUGACGUUCAGCGUUCCAACGAGGAGAGUCUACUUUAUAAACCGGAAAAUAUGAAGGAAAAAAAGUUGGAAAGUUCCCUAGCGAUUUGAAAAAACCGGAAAAGUCGCCGUUCGAAAACUCGCUGGUUUUUUUCAUACCACCGAAAAAAUCCAGGAAGAGUUACAAAAUUGAUAAUGAUUAUUCAGAGCGUUAUCGCCACGUAUUUGACCUAGUUGCAAAAGACCACGUAAAUUAAUGACUCAUUUCUAUCUUCUCUCUCUUCAAACGGCUGAAAAACGUCAAAGCCUCAAGAAGAAGAAGUUCGAGCUUGGUCAAGACGGUCAAGACGAUCCUCAUUCCGAAGAAGGGCGACCUCACCGACCUGAACAACUUCAGACCGAUCUCCCUCUUAUCGGUCGUCUACAAGUUGUUCACCAAGGUCAUCGUCAACAUACUAAAGAAGCAACUCGACAACUUCCAACCGUCUUCGCAGGCUGGCUUUCGACGUAACUACUCUUGCCUCGACCAAAUCCACGCCUCGACCCAGGUGGUCGAACGGCACCGGGAGCACCAGAUGCUACUCGCGCUGGCUUUCGACAGCGUGGAGAUCAACGCUGUCUUAAAUGCCCUUGUCUCCGCCGGAGUCGCCACGAAGUACGUCGAGCUGAUCGCCAACAGCAACGAGGGAGCGUCCACGACCAUCCAGCUGUUCGACAAGAAGCUCUCGAUCCCCAUCAGGAAAGGUAUUCGCCAGGGAAAUACCAUCUCCCCAAGUUGUUCUCCACGACACUAGAAGACGCGAUGCGCCAACUUGGAUAAGACGAGGAGCACGACUGGGAAAACGGUACAGACGUCAGAGGCAUCAACAUCGACGGCAAGGUCCUCACAAACAUUCGCUUCGCCGACGACAUCGUACUCUUCUCCAGCUCCACCACCGAACUGUCCUCCAUGCUGAAAGGUCUGGACAAAGUCGGCAAGAAGAACGGCCUCAGAAACAGAAGGAUAAUGAUGAUAUUUUAUUACAAAAAGUCAGCCGCAAAAAGAAAAGAAAUAGCUGAAUUUUUCCUCGUCAUCAAUAGCAGAUGA